GUAUUAUAUUAUUAUAUUUAUAUCCUGCUUUAUCUCUCCCGCAGGAAACUCAGAACGGCUAUGUGUCUAUAUUAUUAUUAUUAUAUUUAUUUCUCCCAAAGGAGACUCAAAGCGACUAUGUAUUAUAUUAUUAUAUUUAUUUAUACCCUGCUUUAUCUCUCCCAAAGGAGACUCAGAACGGCUAUGUGUCUAUAUUAUUAUUAUUAUAUUUAUUUCUCCCAAAGGAGAUUCAAAGUGACUAUGUAUUAUAUUAUAUUUAUUUAUACCCUGCUUUAUCUCUCCUGCAGGAGACUCAGAAGGGCUAUGUGUCUAUAUUAUUAUUAUUAUUAUUACUAUUACUGUAUUUAUUUCUCCCAAAGGAGACUCAAAGCGACUAUUAUAUUAUUAUAUUUAUUUAUAUCCUGCUUUAUCUCUCCCGCAGGAGACUCAGAACGGCUAUGUGUCUAUAUUAUUAUUAUUAUUAUUACUAUUACUGUAUUUAUUUCUCUCAAAGGAGACUCAAAGCGACUAUGUAUUAUAUUUAUUUAUACCCUGCUUUAUCUCUCCCACAGGAGACUCAAAGCAACUAUGUCUCUAUUAUAUUAUUAUUACUAUUAUUGUAUAUAUUUAUACGCCGCUUUAUCUCUUCCGAAGACUAAAAGCGGCUUAAUAUAAAGGUAUUAGCAUAUCAUUUGAAACAUACAAAAAUGAUAUUAUUAUGUGGGAUAUAAGCCGUGUAUGCCGCUCUGAAAUGGUCAGCUUGAUUAACAUUGAAUGGUCUCACCUGGCUGCUUCCUGCCUGAGGGAAUCCUUUGUAGGGAGGCGUUAGCUGGCCCUGAUUGUUUCCUGUCUGGAAUUCUCCUGCUUUUUUGUGUUACUCUUUAUUUACUGUCCUGAUUUUAGACUUUUUAAAUGCUGGUGGCCAGAUUUUGCCCUCAGGUUGAUAAUGUUGACCUUCAUUCCUCUGAAACAACAUUUAGGAAGUCAAGUUUUUUUCCACGCCUAAGCCACGCCCCUUUUCAAACCGUCGUUUUGGCCACGCCCUUUCAUAACCGCCGUUUUGGCCACGCCCCAUUUCACUAGGGCACGCCCCCUUCUCAAACAUCCCCUCAGGACAUUUCCAUUUCCCAAGCCACGCCUCUUUUUAAACCGCCUCUCGGGCCACGCCCCCUUUCUAAGCCACGCCCCUUCGCACUGCCAUUGCUAGGCAAGAAUUUCUCAGGCGAGUAUUGGCUCCGCUGCCGCUUUCACGCGGGACACUCUGGGAGUGCUCUUCUCUCUCUCCUCGGUGGUCGCGUCGAAGCUCAUGGCGGGGGGCGGGGCCUUCCUAGCGCGGCCUCUGCUGCGGCUCCUGCCUCUGCUGGGGCUGGUGGGUUCGAGCGCCCCCUGGGGGCUGGGCGCCUGGUACUGCAGCUUCUCCGCUACGUGCGAGUGCGACUUCCGGCCGGACCUCCACGGCCUGGAGUGUGAUUUGGCCUUGAACCUGUUUGGGCAGCCCGUGGCCCGGCGGCUCCUGAGCCAAGGCCUGAGGGAGUUUGUGGGCCAGCGGGACCCGGCCAAGCCACUGGUGAUGUCCUUCCAUGGCUGGACUGGCACCGGCAAAACCUACGCCGCCUCCCUCCUGCUCCGCCACCUCUUCCGGGACGGGCCCCGCAGCCCCCACGCACACCACUUCUCCCCCGUGGUCCAUUUCCCACACACGGAGCAGAUCGAGCAGUAUAAGAAAGACCUGAAGAGCUGGAUCCAAGGGAAUUUGACCCUCUGCAGCCGGUCGGUGUUUAUCUUUGACGAGAUGGAUAAGAUGCCGCCGGGAUUGAUCGACGUGAUCCUCCCGUUCUUGGGAUCGUCGUGGGUCGUGUUCGGGACCAACUACAGGAAGGCCGUCUUCAUUUUUGUCAGCAAUGCGGGCGGAGAGCAGAUUAACCAGAUGGCGCUGGACCUCUGGCGGGAACGCAAAGACCGCGAGGAGCUCAGCCUUCAGGACCUGGAAACCGCCAUCUUGAAAGCUGUGUUUGAAAACCCACAAAAUGGGUUUUGGAAGUCUGCGAUCAUACAGCAAGGCCUCAUUGACUUGCUAGUGCCUUUCCUUCCCCUGAAGCACCACCACGUGAAGCAGUGCGUGGCCCACGAGCUGGCCAGCCAAGGCCUCCAACCCUCCCCGGGGGUGUCCCAAGCGGUCGCUGACAGCCUCUCUUACUUCCCUGAGGAAGAGCGCGUCUUCUCGUCCACUGGCUGCAAAACUGUGGCAUCACGGGUCCCAUUCUACCUCUGACCGUCUGGAGACAUCGCCCUCAAAGACAUGGCUCUUCAGUUUAACAGCUGAGUAACCUGUGUGCCAUGACGUGAACACCGUAACACUUUUGGGAGUCUCUAUCCACUCACAACAAAAAUAGAAGCACUCCAGGUUUUGACCUUUGAUUUGCUUCAUGGACUAAGGAAGGAACGUUUUGUGUUUUUUUUAUGAUCAGCGUUUACACUUUGCCCUGAGCAAAUGACGUGGGCGUUUUUGUAUCCAAAGGAGAAAAGGCUGCGAUGCUCCGGAAACUAAAUCUCUUUUUAAUCCUUUCCUAUAGACUUUCAAAGUGGCAGCUAUCACAUCCAGGCUCCUGGAUUCAUUCACCCUUGAAUUGAUUGUCUUUGGAUUCUUCUUACCUCUGAUGUCUUACACGACGUUUCAAAACAAUAAUGUGAUUUUAUUUUAUUUUUCUGUCCGUACGCUGGAUGUGGAGCCCCCGGUGGCACAGCGGGUUAACCCACUGAGCUGCCGAACUUGUGGAUUGAAAGGUUGGCGGUUCGAAUCCGGGGAGCGGGGCGAGCUCCUGCUGUUAGCCCCAGCUUUGCCAACCUAGCAGUUCGAAAACAUGAAUAUGUGAGUAGAUGAAUAGGUACCGCUUCUGCGGGAAAGUAACGGCACACCUAAAAUAAUAAUAGUAAUAUUACCCCCAGAGUUGGACAGAACUAGACAUGAUGUUUACCUUUUUUAUGCUGGAUGUUCUUGCAAUCGUCAGGCCUGAUAUUCCCUGGAUAUUUUCUUUUCUGUUGAAAUCAAAUGGAACUCCUGGAAGAGACUUCUCUAGGGAUCCUUAUUUUUUACAAGGAAAGUGGCUUGAAAGGCCCAAGAAACAAAGGUGCUAAGUGCUAUUGCAACACAAAACACUGUGACGGUUUUCUCUGUGGCCACGACUGACUCUUUUUAGGCUUCAGUGGAAGAGAAAAUACUAUCUGCUUGCAAGACGUGGAACUUCCACCGUAGCCUUUCUCAUCUCCAAAGAUUCAGCGUGAGGCGACAACAACUCUCUUCGCCCAAUGGCACAUCCAUCUAAGAGGAUAUGGCAGGGAAACCAAACGCAACGCUGCCCGAGAGGCCUAGAAGUGUCCGAUGCCCUGGUUGAAGGUCCUCCAUUGGUAAGGUUCGUCCGAACGGACCGGUUCAGGCAGCUUCGGGCUGAGGUCCAGGCGCAAGGCGCUUGGCUCCAGGGAGACCCUCUUCUCCAGCGCUUCCUUCACCUCCUGGCUCACCUGACAGGCAGACAGCGAAGGGCCCGAGACUGUUAGGAAUGAUGGGAGUUGAAGUCCAAAACCCCCGUCCUAAAGGGAGACUUACUUGGCGCGUCUUCAGCUGGCAAGCCGACAUCCUCUCCUUCAGCCGCUUCUCUUCGAAGCCCCGCAGCUUCUCUCUGCUCUCCUUCUCCUCCGCUGCCUUCUCCGGUUCUUUGUUUUCGGUGUAGACGUCUUUGGGGGGCUCUUCUUUCCCUCUGGGAUCCGAGCUGGGCAAGGGCAAGAAGCAACACCAGAGCACCGAGGGAUUUAUUCCCCCGACAUUACGGACUCAAGCUUGGUUUGUUCUCCCACCCUGGACAUUAUUCCACAGGGAUAUAGACACUCCACAUGCCUCGUUUCCAGCAGAACCUCUCUGAAGAUGCCAUUAGCCACAGAUGCAGGCGAAAUAUCAGGAGAGAAUGCUACUGGAACAUGGCCAGACAGCCUUAUCUCAGCUGCUUCGACAUUGCAAGUUCUACCAGAAGGCACGAAGUGGUAAAGAGACAGGACUCUCCAAUUCAGCUUUCAACUGAAAACGGCUCCUUAUCUUUAUUUUAUAUAUACAGUAGAGUCUCACUUAUCCAAGCCUCGCUUAUCCAAGCUUCUGGAUUAUCCAAGCCAUUUUUGUAGUCAACGUUUUCAAUAUAUCGUGAUAUUUUGGUGCUAAAUUCGUAAAUACAGUAAUUACGACAUAACAUUACUGCGUAUUGAACUACAGUAGAGUCUCACUUAUCCAAGACUCGCUUAUCCAAGCUUCUGAAUUAUUCAAGCCAUUUUUGUAGUCAAUGUUUCCAAUAUAUCGUGAUAUUUUGGUGCUAAAUUCGUAAAUACAGUAAUUACAACAUAACAUUACUGCGUAUUGAACUACUUUUUCUGUCGUGUUGUAUAACAUGAUGUUUUGGUGCUUAAUUUGUAAAAUCAUAACCUAAUUUGAUGUUUAAUAGGCUUUUCCUUAAUCCCUCCUUAUUAUCCAAGAUAUUCGCUUCUCCAAGGUUCUGCAGGCCCGUUUAGCUUGGAUAAGUGAGACUCUACUGUAUAUAUAUGUGUGUGUGAGGACACACAAACACACACACACACACACACACAUAUAUAUAUAUAUAUAUAUACACACACAGCAUUCUCCAGUAAUAAAUUAUAAGCAGUUUUUACAUUGGAUAGCAUUACAUUGGAUUAGCCACAGAUGCAGGCAAAAUAUCAGGAGAGAAUGCUACUGGAACAUGGCCAGACAGCCUUAUCUCAGCUGCUUCGACAUUGCAAGUUCUACCGGAAGGCAUGAAGUAGUAAAGAGACAGGACUCUCCAAUUCAGCUUUCAACUGAAAACGGCUCCUUAUCUUUAUUUUAUACACAAUAGUCUCACUUAUCCAACAGAACGUUGGAUAAGCAAAUAUGUUGGAUAAUAAGGAGAGAUUAAGGCGAAGCCUAUUAAACACCAAAUUAGGUGAUGAUUUUACAAAUUAAACACCAAAACAUUAUGUUAUACAACAAAAAGUAGUUCAAUACGUAGUAAUGCUAUGUAAUAUUUACUGUAUUUACGAAUUUAGCACCAAAAUAUCACGAUGUAUUGAAAACAUUGACUACAAAAAUGGCUUGGAUAAUCCAGAACGUUGGAUAAGUGAGACUCUACUGUAUGUUGUAAUUACUGGAUUUAUGAAUUUAGCACCAAAAUAUCACGAUGUAUUGAAAACAUUGACUACAAAAAUGGCUUGGAUAAUCCAGAACGUUGGAUAGAGGAGACUCUACUGUAUGUUGUAAUUACUGUAUUUACGAAUUUAGCACCAAAAUAUCACGAUGUAUUGAAAAUAUUGACUACAAAAAUGGCUUGGAUAAUCCAGAAGGUUGGAUAAGUGAGACUCUACUGUAUGUAGUAAUUACUGGAUUUAUGAAUUUAGCACCAAAAUAUCACGAUGUAUUGAAAACAUUGACUACAAAAAUGGCUUGGAUAAUCCAGAAGGUUGGAUAAGUGAGACUCUACUGUAUGUAGUAAUUACUGUAUUUACGAAUUUAGCACCAAAAUAUCACAAUGUAUUGAAAACAUUGACUACAAAAAUGGCUUGGAUAAUCCAGAACGUUGGAUAAGUGAGACUCUACUGUAUGUUGUAAUUACUGGAUUUAUGAAUUUAGCACCAAAAUAUCACGAUGUAUUGAAAACAUUGACUACAAAAAUGGCUUGGAUAAUCCAGAACGUUGGAUAGAGGAGACUCUACUGUAUGUUGUAAUUACUGUAUUUACGAAUUUAGCACCAAAAUAUCACGAUGUAUUGAAAAUAUUGACUACAAAAAUGGCUUGGAUAAUCCAGAAGGUUGGAUAAGUGAGACUCUACUGUAUGUAGUAAUUACUGGAUUUAUGAAUUUAGCACCAAAAUAUCACGAUGUAUUGAAAACAUUGACUACAAAAAUGGCUUGGAUAAUCCAGAAGGUUGGAUAAGUGAGACUCUACUGUAUGUAGUAAUUACUGUAUUUACGAAUUUAGCACCAAAAUAUCACGAUGUAUUGAAAACAUUGACUACAAAAAUGGCUUGGAUAAUCCAGAACGUUGGAUAGAGGAGACUCUACUGUAUGUUGUAAUUACUGUAUUUACGAAUUUAGCACCAAAAUAUCACGAUGUAUUGAAAAUAUUGACUACAAAAAUGGCUUGGAUAAUCCAGAAGGUUGGAUAAGUGAGACUCUACUGUAUGUGUGUGUGUACACACAAACAUAUAUAUAUACACACACAUACAGCAUUCUCCAGUAAUAAAUUAUAAGCAGUUUUCACAUUGGAUAGCAUUACAUACUGACACUCCACGUGCCUCGUUUCCAGCCGACCUCUGAACAUACCUCCGAGGAUGCCAGCCACAGAUGCAGGUGAAACGUCGGGAAAGAAUACUACUGGAUCGUGGACAUACAGCCUAAAAAAUUCUCAGCAAUCCUACAGCAACAUUGACUAAAUGGAUAACCAUGCGGUUGCCUCAGUUUACCCUUUGUGUUUUGCCGAGUCUGUAGUGGGUUCCGGGCAGUUUGCCAUUCUCCGGUCCAGGAGCGUCCUGGCGAGGACCCCCAUUUUGCUGUUGGUGAAGGACUUGAUGUGCUCCCCUGGGAAGAAGUUUUUGGCCAAAGUGUGGGUCUGAGAAAGAGCAAACGGGAGUGUCUGAAAAGUCUUGGUGGAAGUAAACAAACUCAUUGUUCUGCAUUAUCCCCUAAAUACAUCCUUCUGUCUCGUG